AUACCUUCUUAGCAAAGGGCUCUGCUACUCUGGACAAAUUGAAGGACCUCUGUAACGAAGGGAAAGAACAUCCUUCCACGCUUUUGCACCUCUAUACACAGGCUGUCUUAGACAUUACAUUUUUUGAGGAGAAUCAGCUUGUGGAUGAAGAUUUUCCCGAAGAAUCCUCCUUGCAGAAAGUUAAAGAACUUACUUGUAUUCUUUCAGAACCAGAAGUCCUACUGAGGGAAUGCAACAUAAAUGAAGAACCCGUGAACAUCCUUGGUGCAGAGUUGUUAGAAUGUCUUUACUGGAGAAAAGGAGCACUGCUUUACAUGUAUUGUCAUACAGCAAAAGAAAGGAGUGUAUGGCUACGAGAAAACAUUGCCAUAUUUAAGAAGUGUCUUAAUGAUGGAGUUCAUUACCUGAUGAAGAUGCUUAGCUUUAGAUGCCCUCUUCAGCUAAAUGAAGAUGUCUUACUUCAAGAUAAAGACACAGCUAGAUUACUCAGUGAAGGUAUAUUUAGUGACACUCACUUGCUGGCAAUGAUGUACGGUGGAGAAAUGUGCUAUUGGGGACUGCAACACUGUGGAGAAGGGAAGCAGGAAAGCCUUGAGAUAACAGAUCCUGUCUCUAACAGUGGCCUGGGCUGCAGAUCAAAGAGUGUGUCGCUGGAUUUCCGAGAAACGGGCAAAAACAUGUUACAGAAAUACGUGGCUGCAUGCGAGGGGCCUUUAAAAGGCCAAGGGUGGAACACAGCAGCUGCAAAACAAAUGUUGUGUUACCUCAUGAAACCCCACAACUAA